AUGGAUAAUAAUAAAAGACGUUCUUCUAACUCUUCUGACGUGCCAAGAUGUUUUUGCGACAAACCUGUAUCCAUAUGUUUAUCUGAGAGAUCAGGGAUCCUUAUUUAUGAUUGUCAUUACGUUGAACAUGUUAAUCCUUGGAGUUUAGGCAGAAUACUUGAAUACGAUAAUGAAAAUAAAAAGAUCAUGCAAACGGUUUCCAACUUAUCUGAAAGGGAAACUGUUGAAGAAAAAGACGUUCUAUACAAUCCAUCUACUACCGAAACUAUGGAUAAUGAUGGUGAUGACGGGUCUGAUUGUAGUAAAUCAAAGGAAAAUAAAAUUUGUGCUUUUCAUGUACAUCAGCCAAUAUGGAAUGAAAUGUGUCGAGGAGAAUCAUUGAAUAACAAUCAUCCUGAACUAAACACUUGUCCCUUUUUCAAUUUUACUUUUUGUGUAAUCUUUAAUACCAUAACUGAAUUUCCUAUCAAUAUACCCGCUGUACCAAGAUGUUAUUGCGGCAAACCAAUAGUUUUGAGAAGAAUUAUUAGACGGCAUAAUAAGGGAAAAUGGUUUAUGUCAUGUGCAAGUUAUCAGAUACCAGGAGCAAGACCAAAAUGUGCAUGGUUUGAAUGGGCUAAUAAAGUAUUGUAUGAUAAAAAAGAUCAAUCAAAUAUCAGCAUUAGUGAAGAAGAAAAGGAUCAUGACGAUAAAGAUGUUACUAGACAUUUUCAGGAAAUAAAAGAUAUUCAAAUCAACAAUCAUGAUGACAUUGAUUUCUUUAACACAUAA